CUCUUUCUUUCUUAUUUUUACUUCAUUUGCGAUUUUAGUUAUCUUCAACGCAUGCAUUAAUUCUUAACUUAACUUCUUACAAAUUGCUUUUUGGUCAGCUGCAACUUGGGUCUCUCCACUUUGCUCAUCUGCAGUUUAGAGAACAGCAGUGAAAAUGAGACAGAAAAAUCAAAAAUCACACUGCAAAAAAGCUGAGAAUUGUGGACAAGUGUACGAAUUCCAACAAUGUACAGCACCACAUUAUUCCAGCGAUGCAGUGGAAACCCAUUCACUACUGCUCCACCUCAAAACCAACCGGUUUCUGAAGUGGAUGAGGUGAAAGGAGGAAAAAUGAAGAAGAAAUGUAAAAAGAUAAAGAGGGUUUGGAAGGCACUAUUUGGUAAUAGGAGAGCUAGUGAAAAAUACACCCAGAAGACAAGCUUAUCUGAGGGUGAGAAAAAGGAUCAGGGAGCUGAUGCAGCUGUGCUACAGUCUAGGAGAAACACUGAUAACCAGAUUUCCAGUGUCCAAGGCCUCCUCCAAGAUGCGGCCUGCACUGAGCCUGCCUCUGACGUGGAUGGGGCGAAAGGAGGAAGAAAGAAGGAGAAAUGUGAAAAGAAAAAGUUGAUUUGGAAGGUACUUUUUGGUUGUAUGAGACCUAGUAAAAAAGUCCUCCAAACUCCAUCCUACACUGUGGCCAACCAGAAAGUCGUCCCCCUCCAAGCUCCAGCCCACACCGUCAACAACCAGAGUGAUGAAGCCCUCCAAGCUCCAGUCCACGUUGAAUCUGACUGGAGUGUUGAUGCCCAACAAGCUCCAGUCCGCUCUGAAUCCGACUGGAGUUUUGAUGCCCUCCAAGCUCCAGUCCGCUCUGAGUCUGACUGGAGUUUUGAUGCCCUCCAAGCUCCAGUCCACUCUGAAUCCGACUGGAGUGUUGAUGCCCUCCAAGCUCCAGUCCGGUCUGAGUCUGACUGGAGUUUUGAUGCCCUCCAAGCUCCAGUCCACUCUGAAUCCGACUGGAGUGUUGAUGACCUCCAAGCUCCAGUCCGGUCUGAGUCUGACUGGAGUUUUGAUGCCCUCCAAGCUCCAGUCCACUCUGAAUCCGACUGGAGUUUUGAUGCCCUCCAAGCUCCAGUCCACGUUGAAUCCGACUGGAGUGUUGAUGCCCUUCAAGCUCCAGUCCGCUCUGAAUCCGACUGGAGCGUUGAUGCCCUUCAAGCUCCAGUCCACGUUGAAUCUGACUGGAGUGUUGAUGCCCUUCAAGCUCCAGUCCGCUCUGAAUCCGACUGGAGUUUUGAUGCCCAUCAAGCUCCAGUCCGCUCUGAAUCCGACUGGAGUGUUGAUGCCCUUCAAGCUCCAGUCCGCUCUGAGUCCAACUGGAGUGUUGAUGCCCAACAAGCUCCAGUCCGCUCUGAAUCCGACUGGAGUUUUGAUGCCCUCCAAGCUCCAGUCCGCUCUGAGUCUGACUGGAGUUUUGAUGCCCUCCAAGCUCCAGUCCACUCUGAAUCCGACUGGAGUGUUGAUGCCCUCCAAGCUCCAGUCCGGUCUGAGUCUGACUGGAGUUUUGAUGCCCUCCAAGCUCCAGUCCACUCUGAAUCCGACUGGAGUGUUGAUGCCCUCCAAGCUCCAGUCCGGUCUGAGUCUGACUGGAGUUUUGAUGCCCUCCAAGCUCCAGUCCACUCUGAAUCCGACUGGAGUGUUGAUGCCCUCCAAGCUCCAGUCUGCUCUGAAUCUGACUGGAGUGUUGAUGCCCUCCAAGCUCCAGUCCGCUCUCAAUCCGACUGGAGUGUUGAUGCCCUCCAAGCUCCAGUCCGGUCUGAGUCUGACUGGAGUUUUGAUGCCCUUCAAGCUCCAGUCCACGUUGAAUCUGACUGGAGUUUUGAUGCCCUUCAAGCUCCAGUCCACGUUGAAUCUGACUGGAGUUUUGAUGCCCUCCAAGCUCCAGUCCACGUUGAAUCUGACUGGAGUGUUGAUGCCCUUCAAGCUCCAGUCCACGUUGAAUCUGACUGGAGUGUUGAUGCCCUUCAAGCUCCAGUCCGCUCUGAAUCUGACUGGAGUUUUGAUGCCCUCCAAGCUCCAGUCCACGUUGAAUCUGACUGGAGUGUUGAUGCCCUUCAAGCUCCAGUCCGCUCUGAAUCCGACUGGAGUUUUGAUUGCCCUUCAAGCUCCAGUCCGCUCUGA